AUGCGUAUAUUAAAAUUAGCACGACAUUCAACCGGUUUACAAUCAUUAGGUUAUACAUUACGACGAAGUUAUAAAGAAUUAUCAAUGCUUUUAAUGUUUCUUGCAAUAUUUAUAUUAUUAUUUUCAAGUUUAGCUUAUUUUGCUGAAAAAGAUGGAAAUGCUAUACAAUUUCGAUCAAUUCCACAUGCUUUUUGGUGGGCUAGUAUUACAAUGACAACAGUUGGUUAUGGUGAUAUAUAUCCGAAAUCAGUGUGGGGUAAAUUAAUUGGUUCAGUUUGUUGUGUUUGUGGUGUACUUGUUAUUGCAUUACCAAUUCCAAUUAUUGUUAAUAAUUUUGCUGAAUAUUAUAAAGAACAAUUACGUCGAGAAAAAGCUACAAAACGUAAAGAAGCAAUUGAACGAGCAAAAAAGAAUGGAUCGAUUAUUUCAAUUCAAUCACAAGCUUUCGGAAAUCCAAGAUUAUCAACAAGUGAUAAUAAUGGACGUCGUACAAGUAAUAUGAAAUGUCGUUCAAGUCUUGUUCAUACAACUGAUGAACCACUACAUGAUCCAGCAUGUUAUGAGAAGAAUUUACCAUCAACAUCACCAAAACAAAUUCCACUUACAAUUGAUCUUUUUCCUGAUAUGAAUGAAAAUCUUAAAUCACAUGAUGAAGAUGUUAAAGAAGCUUUACUCACUGUACAUGACAAUCCAAUUGCUGCUAAUGAACAAAAAACUUCUAGAUUUGACACUUAA